AGGGCGGGAGAGCGCGCAUCACGUCGGACACACCGUGGGGGAAAAGCUCGUGAAAACAACCAUAAACUUUUAUUUUGCGCUCCAGUGCGUCUUUGCGCAGCGUCAGGAUCAGAGAGCAGAAUUCGGUUUUACUGCGGAGGAUUUAUGUCCGACAGCAGGUGAAGAUCGACGAGCCGAAGACUUCCGACAGCAUCCAGGUGAGUCCCAGAGCAGCUCAGCAGUCAUGGCCGCCAACGCCACCCCUCCGGGCUGCGGCCCUCAGCUGGACUCCCUCUACUACAACCUGUGUGACCUCAGCGCCGUGUGGGGCAUCGUGGUGGAGACCAUAGCAGCGGCCGGCAUCGUCUUCUCCUUCGUGCUCUUCAUCUCGCUGCUGGCCAGCCUCCCGUUCAUCAAAGACGUCAGCCGUAAGAGCGCGGUGGCCCUUCACGCUUACUUCCUGGUCUGCACCGCUGGCCUCUUCUGCCUGACCUUUGCCUUCAUCGUGGGGAAGGACUUCUCCACCUGCGCCUCGCGGAGGUUCCUCUUCGGCCUUCUGUUCGCCGGCUGCUUCGCCUGCCUCCUGAUGCAGUCGGUGAGGCUGAACAUCCUGGCUCGGCGGAACAGCGGGCCACGGGUCUGGAUCCUGUGUCUGGGGGCGGCGGCGCUGUGGCUGGUGGAGGUGGUCAUCAACACCGAGUGGCUGAUCAUCACAAUUGUCCGCCACCCGCUGCUGCUCAACACCACGGCUGAAAUCAGCAGAGCCAUAGCGAUGCCCUGCAACAUCGCCAACAAGGACUUCGCCAUGGCGCUGAUCUACGUGAUGACACUGAUCCUUGCUGUGGUGGUGUCCAGUCUGGCCAUCAUGGCGGGGAGACACUCGCAGUGGAAGAGGGAGGGCGCCUGCAUCCUCGUAGCGAGCCUCGUCUCCGUUGGGAUUUGGGUGGCGUGGAUUGUCAUGUACGUCUACGGGAACGAACGGACCGGCGGGCCGACGUGGGACGAUCCCACCUUGGCCAUCGCCUUGGUGGCCAACGCCUGGACCUUCAUCAUCGUCUACACCAUUCCUGAAGUCUGUUGUUUGACGAGCGAUGACGAGAGCCAGCAGGACUUCGGAGAAGAUCUGUACCCGAGCCGAGGGGUCGGCUACGAGACGAUCCUGAAGGAACAGAGCUCCCAGAACAUGUUUAUGGAGAACAAGGCUUUCUCCAUGGAUGAACCCAACCAAGGAACCAAACCAGUGUCUCCAUACAGCGGCUACACCGGUCAGCUGAGGAGUUCGGUCUACCAGCCCACUGAGCUGGCCCUCAUCACCAAAGCUGUGGGAAAUCCAGCGGAGUCCUUUGGCAUGACUAUUCCCAGAGCUUCCACCGGCUCUGCGGCCAACAGCGGGAGCAGCACCCCGUCAACACACACCGAGACCGGAAACACUACACGCACUCAGACCAGCGGUCACGGUCUUCACAGGACGUCCCAGUGGUGAAUACACUGAGGCCUUCAGCUCCCGGUCAAAAUAACUUCAUAACUUCUCAUUUGCACUCUUUGACUGUUUGUUUGCUGUUAAACUGCGGUUCCCUAAGCUGGUUCUAAGAGGAACCCCGACACACGGAGGUGAACGCCCGGUCACCUCCCUGCUGGAAAACAGAUAAACCUCCUAUUGACGGAUCGUCUGCGCGCCACCGGGUAUCAGACAGCGAUGAGCUUCAUUUGGAAGUCAAAGGAUGAAGCUUUGCUGCAGAACAAAGACUUUUUGCAAUAGUCGCCAUUUGCUGACAGUGAACUGAGCUCUGCUGGACCCGAUGAACAGUGACGCUGCUGACGGCACGAAAACACUGAAACAGAAUAGUCUAAAUGUUGGCUCAAAGUGAUAUUUACAUCCGCGGAACUUUACUCAGUGUGAAGGCAGCAUACCCUAAAAGCAAAACACGAUCAGAAAGAUUACAUUAAAAAUAUUGUGCACUGUUAAGUUUAAUUAUUAGAGUCGAUGUACACUACUGUUCAAAGGUUUGGGGUUUGUUUUCCUUGAAAACUCACACUUUUCUUCAUGUGCUAACAUAACUGCAGAGGUUUUCUUCUCAUCAGUUAACCUUUCAACACAAUUAGCUAGGAGAUUUCUAAGUGACCCCAAACUUUUGAAUGGUAGUGUAUAUUUUUGUGGCUGGCUUGGGAAUAUUGUUAAAAACCACAAAGUUCACACAUGAAAUUGAGCUUCUUGUAUUGAAUUAAUGUAAAUACAGUUUGCUGGUAAUGUGUCUUUGGUUCUUCACUGCAUGGAAGUAUUGUAUGAAUGUGUAUAUUUAAUACUAUUUAAAGCACCACUGAGUGCUGCUUAACUAUUUAAAAUCAUUUCAAACAAUCAUGAGAACAGAGAACUAAAGUCCUGCCUGUGGUUAGUCUGUGGUUCACUAGCUUAAAGCUCAAUGUAGUUCCUCAUAAAAGCUUCCUGUUAUUAUUUCUGAAAAAUGAAAUACGAUACACCAGUUUUUCUGUCUGCCGUUUUGGAUAAAUAGGUAUCUGCUGCUUUACAUGACAGUGACAUCUGAGCGCUUUGAGAUUUUAAUAAAGACAGGAGGAUGUUGUUACCCUGGAAAGCGAACUACACAUGAUGCUGUGGUAAUUACAGAUCUGCCAGUCUUCAUGUGCUGCUGCUUUUCCACUCACAUUAACCAAAAAAAUGUAAAACAUCAGCUAUAUUUCAUCAAGAUUGUCAUACGGUGUCUUCAAAUACAACUUUUGUGCUCAUGAUUAGUCUUGCACACCAAAUGCUUGGUUUUCAAGUGGUAACAUCUGACUGGACUCGCAACACAGACAUUACUCUCAGCAUCUACAGUCCAACGAGGCAAACCAUUUAGCACACUAACGAGCAAGUAGCGCAAUUGUAGAUGAAGAAAAACCUUAUGAAAUUACAAUUAUGACCUUAGCAUCCAAAGUUCAACAAAAAACAUUUUAAAAACGUCAGUAAACAUGUUAAAUUUGUGAACUACAACCACAUGAGGGGGGCGUUCAUAUGAGUUGUUGUAUACACAAACCAAUUUGAAAUCAACACAAAGACCUAGCAUACCAAGUGUUUGCUAAAUAGCUGCUAAACUACUACUAGCACUAACAAUAACAGCAAAUAAUAAUGUUGGUUUUACUACUUAAUUGGGCACUAUAACUGUUUGCAAGAACACUGCAGCCACCCAUCAGCAACAUGGAUGUUACUCUUGGCAUCUACAACCCAACGAGGCUGACCAUUUAGCUUGCUAAUGAGCAAGUAACAUAACUGUAGACGAAGAAAAGCCCUGUAACAUUACAAUGUAUGAGCUUAAAAUCCAAAGGUCAAUUAAAAACAUUUUAAAAACGUCAGCAACACAGACGUUACUCUCGGUAUCUACAGCCCACCAACGCUAACCAUUUAGCACGCUAACAAGCAAGUAACAUAACAGUAGAUGAAGAAAGACCCUAUAAAAUUAGAAUGUGUGAACUUAGCGUCUAAAUAAAAAAAUAAAAUGAGUGGCUUUUACCAUUUUAAAAACAUUAGCAAACCCACAAGCACAGUAAACACAACCUAGAAACUAGCAAUUGACCUAGCACACCAAGUGUUUGCUAAAUAGCUUCUAAACUACUACAACAAUAACAGCAAGCAAUAAUGCUGGUUUCUGCUUAAUUUGGCACUAUAUCUGUUUAAUUUUAGUAUUUAAUCACCUUUUAACUACUAGUGCCAGAUAUUUCACUCUCUGUACUAGUACCAUUUAAAAUAUACACACAUAAUGUUAAAUUCUGACUGAAUUAGUAAUCAGUGUUGCUAAUGGUAUAAGCUAUCGCUACGGUGUCCAAGACAAACAUUAAAAAUAACAAUGUUUUAGAAAGUUGUGGGUAACAUUUCAGGAUAACUUGUUGUUACUCCAAAAUACAAACAAACUGCGUCACCUUAAAUUCUGUGCACAAACUCCAUGUUUUUAAGCUGCUUACCAACUUCUGGUUGUCUAACUAUGGUAAAUAAUCCAUACACAACUCUUGGUAUGUUUUUUUUCCCUCCAUAAACUGCAAUAGACCUCUUGCUGCAGCUACACGUGUUAAAUGCAAUACGUAGUAUGUUUAGUUUACCUAAACUUUGGUAGCAAGAGAAAACAAUCACAUUUUCAUCAUUUUGCCAUUGUGUCAGUAUAUCUCUAUUAGCAGAGACGUUUACAUUUGCUUGAUAUUGCUGGCAUCUCCACACUUUUUAGUUCGAAGUCCAAAAAAUAAAAGCCUUAAAGGUCACAGCUGCACAUUUUGUUGGGAUAAAAGUUCAGAAUCUAAAUAUAUGCAGCUUGUAGUGAUAGAAACAUGGAAAAAAGCAACAAAUUGUCCUGUUUGAGAGCAGAUAACUGACUAAAUGACAGACUGUUUCAACACUAAACCUGACCAAAAUGCUCAAAAUUACUUUACAGUGCAGCAGCAGGUUCACAUUUUACCAAAACAACAACAGAAAACACAUGAAAGAAACCCUUAAAGAGAAAACAUAUCAUCUAACCAAGGCUGGACCUCAGUUAUCUUCAUUGUAAUGUAUGGAAGUAAUCUGAUUACCAAGAUCCCGACCAGAGAUGUCUGCAUUUGUUUGAUUUUGCAGGAAUUUUCCAUACGUUCUAGUGUCAAGUCAAAAAAAUAAAAACCUUCAAAGGUCACAGUUGCUCAUUUUGUUGGGUUAAAAGUCCAGAAUCUAAAUAUAUGCAGCUUAUAAUGACAGAAACAUGGAAAAAAGCAACAAACUAUCCUGUUUAAGAGCUGAUAACUGACUAAAUGACCAACUGUUUCAGCACUAAACCUGACAAAAUGACUACAGUGCAGGAGCAUUUGCAAAUUGUAGUUAAAUAAUAACAGAAGCCAAAUAAAAGCAACCCUGAAAGAGAAAACAUAUCGUUUAACCAAGGCUGGACUUCAGUUAUCUUCAUUGCAAUGUAUGGAAGCAAUUUGAUUUCCAAGAUCACGACCACAGUUUGUUUUUAAUGUACAGCAAAUAAAAAAAAACCUCCCCAGUAAA